GCCCUUCGAACAUCGUAUGAACCAUCUCGCUAGCCAAUUUACGUGGCAAUUCUGUUUCGCCGAACUUAGUCGACUUACCGAGGUCGUCAACAGGUAUCGCGGUCUGCGCGUUACGAUUUGCGCUGGAUUUCGUGGACGAAUUGUAUGAGUUCCUGGGUCGCAACACUUUCGAAAUAGAGCAAGACGAUCCGGAAGAGAAACGGCGAAAAUGCCUCUCCUAGGUGUUGGACUGGCGACCAUAUGGUCGCAGUUUUUCCCUCCGAAGAACCCACCCAUCACCGAAAAUAACGUACCCAGUCUAUCGGGCAAGGUUUUCAUCGUCACGGGUGGGAGUUCAGGCAUCGGAUACGAGCUAUCAAAGAUCCUCUACGGCGCCGGCGGAAAAGUUUACAUCCUCUCGCGCACAAAAUCCAACGUCGAAGCCGCCAUCGCGAAGAUAAAAUCCGAGGUCCACCCCACAGAAGGCAAAGAGCUAGGCGGCCUAGAAUUCAUCCACAUGGACCUGGAAGAUCUCGCAAGCGUUCAAUCCGCCGCGAAGGAAUUCGUAGCCAAAGAAGCGCGUCUCGACGUGCUCUUCAACAAUGCCGGCGUCGCGCACCUCCCCGCAGAAAAGAGAACUAAACAGGGCCUCGAAUACCACCACGGCGUCAACAGCGUCGGCCACGUGCUGCUCUCCAAACUCCUCAUGCCCAUCUUAUCGGAGACAGCAAAGAAAAGCCCACCAAACAGCGCCCGCGUCGUCUGGCCCGCCUCCAUCAUGGUCGAACUCACAUCCCCCGCAGGCGGCGUCCUCGUCUCCCAGCUCGACACUCCCUCCCCGAAAAUCGACGAGCACUACUCCGCGUCCAAAGCCGCAAACUGGUUCGCCGCCUCCGAAUUCGCAAAGCGUUCCGGCCGCGAAACGGGCGUGGUCAGUAUCGCGGGGAACCCCGGAUCUUUCGUGACGAAUGUCUGGAGAAGCACGCCGGGCUUCUUGUACUAUCCCUUCUUGCCGCUGCUGAGGAAACCUGUGCAGGGCGCGUACACGUACCUGUGGAUGGGGUUCAGUGAAGAAGUUAAUAUGGAUGAGGCGGUUGCGGGGAGGUAUGCGACGUGUGAUGGACGGUGGCAUCCGGGGCAGAGGGAGGAUUUGCUGUUGGCCUUGAAAAGUGAGGAGGAGGGUGGGACGGGGCGGGCGAAGGGGUAUUUUGAUUGGUGUGAGGGGAAGAUUGCGCCGUUUUCGACGCUGUGAGUGAGCUUCUUCAACUCCUUUUCUAUGAGGUGGCAAUGCAUCAAGAUAGUGGUGCCGUUUGGUGUAGUCUGCAUCACCUUCAGCGCUGCAGUGAUUUAGAAAUAUUCAAUCGUUAAGUAUCUACACAUUAUGAUAUAUAUUUACAGC